AUGAAACAUAUUAUCGUAUUAGGUGCUGGAGUGACAGGGUUGACUACUGCCCUACUAUUGAAGCAAAAGGGAUAUGAGCAAGUUACUGUUGUAGCUAAGCAUAUUCCGGGAGACAUGAAUAUUGAAUAUACCUCUCCUUAUGCAGGUGCUCAUUGGAGAACCAUGGCCAAAAAUAAUGAUAAACUACUUCAGACAUUUGAUGCCACAAGCUAUCAUAAAUUUCUUGCUUUGGCAAAAAAAGACACUGGUGUUAUCAUUGUGCCUAGUUAUGACUACUAUGAUGAUGAUAGCUUACCAGAGAUAUAUGAUCCAUGGUUCAAAGAUACAGUAUUGGAUUUUAAACUCUUGCAAGAAAAAGAUGGACUUCCUCAAGGUGCAAAAAUAGGUCAUACUUAUACGACAGGACUUGGAGCACGGUUUCUGGGAGGUGUUCAAGAUAAGAACGUAUUCCCGACAAGAGGUCAAACAGUCAUUGUUAGAGCUUCUCAUAUCAAGGAGACAAUGACACAUAUUGGAGUACAUGGUAUCACUUAUAUUAUACCAAGAUCAGAUGGCACAGUUGUUUUAGGUGGAACGAGCAAUAAGGAUGACUUCAACCCAUUUGUUGACGAUCAAACGACUGAGAAAAUCAUCAAGCGAACAACGCAACUUUGCCCAAAACUUGUGGCAGAAAAGCCAUUAGAAAUCAUAAGAUGUGCUGUAGGAUUAAGGCCUACUCGAAUCAAUGGACCUCGUUUUGAGAAUGAAACAAUUUUCAAAGGACAAAAAAAGAUUCAAGUCACUCAUGCUUAUGGUCAUGGCGGAUUUGGAUAUCAAUCAAGCUGGGGAUCUGCAGAAUAUGUUAUUCAAUUGAUGGAGCAAGGCUUUAAAGAAAAAAAUAGUUCACAUUUAUAA